ACCAUCAGCACCACCACCACCACCAUCAUCAUUGUCAUCAUCAUCAUCUUCACCAUCAUCAUCACUAUCAUCAUCAUCAUCAUCACCAAUACCACCAUCAGCAUCAUCGUCACCAUCACCACAACCACCACUAUCAUUUCCAUCACCAUCAUCAUCAUCAUCAUCACCAACACUAUCAUCAGCAUCAUCAUCGUCGUCACCAUCACCACCACCACCAUCAUCGUCACCAUCCUCAUCGUCAUCAUCAUCGUCAUCAUCAUCAUCAUCAUCAUCAUCGUCAUCAUCAUCAUCAUCGUCAUCAUCAUCAUCAUCACUAUCCUCAUCAUCAUCAUCACCAUCCUCCUCAUCAUCAUCGGCACCACUACCAUUAUCAUCAUCACCUUCAGCACCAUCGUUGUCAACAUCAUCAUCAU